CGUUUAGCGCGCCCGGAGACAAGCCGUGGCAGAAAGACAGCUGCUCCGAUCGAAGGACAUGAAUAGGGGGGGCGGAAGGGAGAGAGGGAGAAAGAGAAAAAUACGAGGCCGAAGCAAAGGGAGAACACCAUAAACAUACAAGAUCGCAUUGGUUCUGCUUUCUCCUUUGUCUGCUGGAUGGAAACAUGUUAUAACACGGGUCAGAGAAUUGAUAUCGCAUCGUACAUCUAUAUAAUAGGAGGAGCAGACAACUGUGGUAAAGCACAUUUGUUAAUUUCAAUUGAGACAAAUAGGUGCAAAGAGAUUUUCAGCAGGGAGGAAAAUAGGAAGAGUAGAAGUGAGGGUUAAGCGUGACAGCGGUAAAUGCAGUGGCUGAAGGAGAGAUGGACCCAUCAAUGUUUGUUGCGUACACCCCUCAAACAAACGGCGUUCCACUGGAGUCCAAGCUUGCUACCUACAUGAAUCGUCAAAGUCCAGGGAUAACGUUAAGUACCUCAGCUGUUACGAAACAUUUGUCAAACCUUUCUCUGGAUUCACAGAAAAAGGUAACUGCCAGUCCAGAAUUUGUACCUGGACGGGGUCUUACUAGUAGUAACAGCAGCUCUCCAAAUCUUUUCAAUAACUCUUAUCAUUCGCAAGAGAAUGUGGGCGGUACUACUUAUUUUUAUCUUGGAAAUACUUCAGCUGAAAGUGUUGGGGCUGAAGAAGGAACCGAGACUAUCGGAACUGUCGGAGCAGGUCAGGUAGGCUAUGUCUAUCCAGGUACACCUGCCCAUCUUCAGCCAGUGAAACCUACAAAGCCCCCCUCGUCUAAUAACUCUUCUGCUCCUUCAACUCCACCUCCCCAAGCAACACCCAGCUUCUUUGUCAGUGAGAAUCUACGAAUGGACAUUCUACAGAAAAAUGCUUUAACAUUAGCGCAACCUGAUGUAGUACGAUUUCCCGAUUUACCAAAUGAGGUAGAUAAUUAUCACGAGCUGUGCCCAUUGGAACCAAUCCAUAAACCUGCUUCAACGAUACUUGGCUAUCAAACAUCAACGUACAAAGCUACCAGCAUUAAAAGUGGUACUCGUUAUUGUUUACGUCGCAUACAUGAUUUCAGACUUGCUAAUACGAAGUGUAUGGUGCUGGUAGAUAUGUGGAAACGAUUAUCUCAUACAAAUUUGGUGCAGUUAAGAGAAGUUUUUACAACCAAGGCCUUUGGUGACCAUUCCAUGGUAUUUGUUUACGAUUAUCAUCCUGGCUCGGAGACAUUACUGAAUAAGCAUUUCUCAGCAACCGAAUUAAAUGGUUAUACGGAUCCAUUUUCUUCGGAUCCUAACGCUCCGCGACCUUACAGCCAUACCAAGAAUACUAUUUUGAGGCAACAGCAUAGCAGUAUGUUACCGGAAAGCGUCAUAUGGAGUUAUAUCAUUCAACUCACUGCCGCGCUUCGUGUUAUACAUGCUGCUGGUUUGGCAUACAGAUGUUUGGAUCCGACGAAAGUGCUACUCACGUCCCGAACGAGAUUACGUUUAAGUUGUGUCGCUAUACCGGAUGUCGUUACUUUUGACGGAAGCGCAGCAAAUCCACUCUCUCUUAUACCGCAUUAUCAACAGGAAGAUUUAAUCGCCCUUGGAAAGUUGGUGUUGGCUUUAGCAUGCCGUAGUUUACUUGCCGUCCAUCGCGACAAUAUGCAAGCGUCCCUCGAGCUCGUCGCACGUUCCUACUCCACGGAUCUUCGAAAUCUGAUUCUGUAUUUACUUUCAAACCAAGCACGAAGAAGUGUGACAGAUCUCAUGCCAAUGAUUGGAGCACGAUUUUAUACGCAACUAGACGCAGCUCAACUUCGAUCCGAUGUACUGGAAAACGAACUUGCCAAGGAGUUGGAAAAUGGAAGAUUAUUUAAGUUACUCGUCAAAUUGGCCACUAUUAACGAAAGACCUGAGCUUAACAUGGAACCCACAUGGGCAGAAACGGGUGACCGGUAUAUGCUCAAAUUGUUUAGGGAUUAUGUUUUCCACCAGGUAGCAGCCGAUGGGAGACCGUGGUUGGAUAUGGCUCAUGUUGUAUCUUGCUUAAAUAAGUUGGAUUCAGGUUCUCAGGAUAAGAUAUGUUUGAUGUCACGAGACGAACAAAGUGUAUUAGUAGUAAGUUACGCAGAAUUGCGACAAUGUUUGGAAACCUCAUUUGGAGAAUUGGUACAAUCUGCUAAAGAUGCUGUCUAGGUCUAACCCUUUUUCUCAACUG